GAUAUGGAGACCAGUCAGGCUUGGGGCUGCGGAGUAAGGGAGUAGCAACAAUGGAAAACAGACAAUGCCGCAGCAAGAAGAACCCGGCCGAUACCAGGAAGAUGCAGCCAGAGGACCCCUGAGAAGUGUUAUCAAGCCUCUGAAGCGUUCCGUGUGGUGACGAUCUGGUGUACAAGCUCUGUGCCCGAUGGAGGCAGGACAAGGUGAAAUGGACCGAGUGUAUUGUGAGAGACUCAGACUAGACGACAGGAAGGACUUGGCUUUGAGAAGCAGCAGGUUCAGUUUCCAGAUGAACUGGUCAGGUUGAGGAAGCAGCGGUGUACGAUAGAGCACUGAGCUGGCCUUAGGAGGCAUCCGCUUGCACAGGAGCUCAGUGUCUGUCAUCGUGGGUGGUCCUGGGAGGACAGCAAGAGAAAGAUCAGGAUAGAGGCCCUGAGCUGGAGGACUGCUGAGGGAGACCCACGCCCUGGAGCCUGAGGGAGGCGUGGAGGCAAAGAAGCACGGACACAGGCGUGAGAGGUGGCCAUGGCCCCAAGUGCUAAAUAGCACAGCAGCCUGUGCGGCAGAGAUUUGGGCUUCCAGACCAUCUGCUUCAUCCAAAGACUUUCAGCUGAUGAGGAGCUGGGAUACUCAAACAUCAUCUUGUCUGAGUCGGGGACUUGAAGUGCACGCUUUUUCUUGGCAGGACCAGGUCUCUCCAGGGCAGGAUGGCCCAGGAGCUCAGCGAGAAGGAGCUAUUGAGGAUGGAGGUGGAACAGCUGAAGAAGGAAGUGAGGAACCCAAGAGCCCCGAUUUCUAAGACGGGAAAAGAAAUCAAGGAUUAUGUGGAGGCCCAAGCAGGAAACGACCCUCUUCUCAAAGGCAUCCCCGAGGACAAGAAUCCCUUCAAGGAGAAAGGCGCUUGUAUGAUAAGCUGAUGGCACCGGAGCCCGUCACCCUGAAUGUCUGUCCCUCCUUAGCCCCACUCCUCACCCAGAACCAAGUGUCCUGGGACUCCCAGAGAACCAGUAAAUUUCCUCCUUCUCUUAAGUCACAAAAUGAGUAGGUAAAGGUGUCUGGCUGUAUGCACUGUGAAUUCAUUCCCCGACCCCACUUUCAACUCUUUUCUCUCCACUGUCUCCUCCACCUGCUGGGUCCCUGUUGACCCCGCUUGGAAACACUGGGAUCUUUCCUAGCUUUGCAGUUGGCCCCAUGCGUGGUGGGUUCUGAAGAGCCUGCGAUACCCUGAGAUCCCAGAGGGCAGACUUAGGAGACAUUUGUGCCUCCUUAGAACCCCUCCUAUUUCCCCCCACCACUCUGUUCCUAGGAACAAGCAUUUCCAUCAGAGUAGUUUGGGUCGAGGGCCAGAGUUGGGAGGCCCUUUUCCCAUCUCAUGUCUGAUCUUGAGGUCCUCUUCCUAGUCAUUUAGAUCACCCCAGAUGGCCCGAUGACAAAAAGAGUUUAUAAAGUCAUGAUUUCAUGAUUUAUUUAAUAUGAUUGUGGGUCUAUUACGUGCUGAGUACUAGGGACAGAAGAAGUAGCAAGACUAACGUGGCUCCUAUUUUCAUGGAAUUUAGCAGAGAAGACAUGGAACAGAGUUUACAGUUAAAUCAGUAAGUUUACUACGGGGAAAGGAAAGACAAGGGCAGUGUAGGCACACAUAGCAGGCAGAUAGACGUUUCAGGGCAAUGAACAAGGUCAAUGUGAACUGUUGCAGGCCCGUGGGGGCAAAGGCAGAACAGGUAGUGAUAAAACAUGAGGCUGGAGAGGGAGAUGGGGUCAAGUGUUAAAGGACCUUGUUGAAGCUCAGGAAAGAACUUUCUUGUUCACCCUCAGGGCAAUACAAAGCCUAGAAAGAUAUUUAAGUAAGUAGCUGAGGCACAGGCUUUGAUUAGCAGGAGAGAGUCUUGAUCCGGCUAAGGUCUGGGGGUACAAUGAAGGAGAGACUGAUUCCUGGGUCUUGUUAGCAGGACAAUUACUGUCUAAAGGAGCUCCAGACAGACACUCAUGAUGCAAUGCAUUCAGUGCACCGUCAGAGGUCUGCAUGGGGUAUGUUGGGGAUCCCCA